AUGAAAGCUAGUUUAUCCCUCUUUCCUUUGCAACGAAUAUUGUUUAGAUUAACUAGACUAGUUAGCGAUAACUAGCUAAAUUGUAGGGUGAAAUUAUUCUCACUGUUUAGAAACGGAAAGGAUACCAGAAGGGCUGUUUGAGCGUCCUCUGAAUUAAUAUUUUCAGGCUUGAGGCGUCCUCCAAAUUGGGAUAACUUUGAAGAAGUUCUUUGUAUUCUUGGAUCCGCUGAUAAGAAGACGUUAAACAUGGACUGGGGCACGGAUCUAUGGGACCAAUAUGACAUCAUCGACAAGCACACGCAAUCCGGCCUGGAACUGGUAGAGAAGUAUGUCAAGUUUGUGAAGGAGAGGACGGAGAUAGAGCAGAACUAUGCCAAGCAGCUGAGAAAUCUAACAAAGAAAUACAAUCCUAAACGAGGCAGUAAAGAGGAACAGGAAUGCAGGUUCUCCAACCACCAGUCCUUCCUGGACAUCCUGAAUGAGAUGAACGACUACGCAGGACAGAGGGAGCUGAUUGCUGAGAACAUGAUGAUGAACAUUUGCAUCGAACUCACCAAGUACCUGCAGGAGCUCAAGAUGGAGCGCAAGACGCAUCUGUCGGAGGCCAAGAAAGCCCAGCAGAGUUUGGAGAGCACCUAUAAGCAGCUCGACAGUAGUAAGAAACGUUUUGAGAGGGAGUGGCGGGAAGCGGACAAAGCUGCUCAGUAUGCCGAGAAAACUGACCAGGACAUCAACGCCACAAAGGCCGACGUCGAGAAGGCCAAACAGCAGGCCAACAUGAGGACACACAUAGCGGAGGAGUGUAAGAACGACUACGCAGCCCAGCUGCAGAAAUACAACAAGGAGCAGAGCCAGUUCUACUUCAGCGACAUGCCUCUCAUCUUCAACAAACUCCAGGACAUGGAUGAGAGGCGGGUGAGGAAGCUGGCGCAGGGCUACGUCUUGUUCUCAGACACAGAGAAGCACGUGAUACCCAUUAUCGGGAAGUGUCUGGAGGGCGUCGCUAAAGCAGGCACUAAUGUCAAUGAGAGGAAUGACUCCAUAGCUCUUAUAGAGCAGUACAAGUCAGGCUUUGAGCGUCCUGGGGACCUGGACUUUGAGGACUACAGUCAGGGCAUCAACCGUGCCUCCUCAGACAGCAGCCUGGGCACCCUCGGUACCCCCAAAGGCCCCCUGGAGCUGCUGGGCAAGAACAGGAGCAAACCAUUCUGGCUGUUCAGCAAGAAGAGUAAGCUCUCUCCCUCCCCUUCCUCACUCACCCCCUUGUCCACGCCCCCCGCCCCCUCGCCCGCUAACGGACCCCCCUCCCCCAAGUUCGGCCGGGACCCCUUGUCGUACUGUUUGAAGGAGAUCAAUAAGACAGUCAAACCCAGAAUAUCCUCCUUCCGGACCCUCGGGCGAUCGAGGCUCACUCCAGAGAGGAUCAUAGUAAUGCCCACAGUGACAGAGGACUUUGGCCAUCUCCCCCCCGAGCAGCGCAGGAAGAGGUUACAACAGAAACUAGACGACAUUGGCAAGGAGCUGCAGAAGGAAGUGGACCAGAGUGAGGCCCUGGGGAAGAUGAAGGAUGUGUAUGAGAAGAACCCCCAGAUGGGAGACCCUGCCAGUCUGUCUACCCAGAUCAACCAAACAGCCCAGAACAUGGAGAGACUGAGAGGAGAGCUCAACAAGUAUGAGUCAUGGUUGACAGAGGCAGGAAGGCGAGGGGAUACGAUGCUCAGGAGAGAUACGUUACGAGAGGAUACGUUGAGCUACAGGUCUCACUCCUUCAACGACAACGGCAGCACUCACGAACCAUACAGCCCUGACGGAGCCCACACUGAUGAAGGCACCCCAGACUCCUCUCAGGCCAUCUACGCCGAGUUUGACGACGACUUUGAGGAGGAGGAGGAGGAGGAGGAGGAGCUUGUCGCUCCCAUCGGCCAAUGUACAGCCAUGUACAACUUCCCAGGUGCCAGUGAGGGGACCAUCGCCAUGCAGGAGGGGGAGGUGUUGUCUGUAGUGGAGGAGGAUAAAGGGGACGGUUGGACCAGGGUCCGCAGGGCCAAUGGGAACGAGGGCUACAUUCCAACAUCCUACGUCAGCAUCAGCCUCAGCAAGUGACCCGACACCCAUCCCACCCACACGAGGCCUGAGGGAACGGCCAAUCAUCACUGAUGAUGAUUCCAAAAUACUGUGGCAGCUCUCUCAUGGGACCAAUCCGAAAGAGAUAAAAGCACUGUGGGUGGGACCAUCUGGGUGUCCGUAAGGAGGCCAAUUGAGUCGCUUUGAUUUCCUCAAUGAGAUGCGCACCCAUGAUUUCUUUCCCCUGCUGGCCAGAGAAGAUGCAAUCAAUCGUGCUUUUGGUUCCUCCUGGCUUGCAAGGCUGUACUAGGUCACUAUACUUACCACAAGCCACACAUUUUCAAAUCAAAUCAAAUUUUAUUGGUCACAUGCGCCGAAUACAACAGGUGCAGACAUUACAGUGAAAUGC